CGGAGAUCAAGAGAACCAAAUCAACUGGAAUCAGUUUGUGUUGUUUCAUGCUGUUAUUCAUCUGUUCAUAAGAUCAGUCUGAGAGAUCAGCUGCUGUUCUUCAUCUGUUCAUUAGAUGAGAGAUCAGCUGCUGUUCUUCAUCUGUUCAUAAGAUCAGUCUGAGAGAUCAGCUGCUGUUCUUCAUCUGUUCAUUAGAUCAGUCUGAGAGAUCAGCUGCUGUUCUUCAUCUGUUCAUUAGAUCAGUCUGAGAGAUCAGCUGCUGUUAUUCAUCUGUUCAUAAGAUCAGUCUGAGAGAUCAGCUGCUGUUAUUCAUCUGUUCAUAAGAUCAGUCUGAGAGAUCAGCUGCUGUUCUUCAUCUGUUCAUAAGAUCAGUCUGAGAGAUCAGCUGCUGUUCUUCAUCUGUUCAUAAGAUCAGUCUGAGAGAUCAGCUGCUGUUCUUCAUCUGUUCAUUAGAUCAGUCUGAGAGAUCAGCUGCUGUUCUUCAUCUGUUCAUUAGAUGAGAGAUCAGCUGCUGUUAUUCAUCUGUUCAUAAGAUCAGUCUGAGAGAUCAGCUGCUGUUAUUCAUCUGUUCAUAAGAUCAGUCUGAGAGAUCAGCUGCUGUUCUUCAUCUGUUCAUUAGAUCAGUCUGAGAGAUCAGCUGCUGUUCUUCAUCUGUUCAUUAGAUCAGUCUGAGAGAUCAGCUGCUGUUCUUCAUCUGUUCAUUAGAUCAGUCUGAGAGAUCAGCUGCUGUUCUUCAUCUGUUCAUAAGAUCAGUCUGAGUGAUCAGCUGCUGUUCUUCAUCUGUUCAUUAGAUCAGUCUGAGAGAUCAGCUGCUGGUCUUCAUCUGUUCAUUAGAUCAGUCUGAGAGAUCAGCUGCUGUUCUUCAUCUGUUCAUAAGAUCAGUCUGAGAGAUCAGCUGCUGUUAUUCAUCUGUUCAUAAGAUCAGUCUGAGAGAUCAGCUGCUGUUCUUCAUCUGUUCAUUAGAUCAGUCUGAGAGAUCAGCUGCUGUUCUUCAUCUGUUCAUUAGAUCAGUCUGAGAGAUCAGCUGCUGUUCUUCAUCUGUUCAUAAGAUCAGUCUGAGUGAUCAGCUGCUGUUCUUCAUCUGUUCAUUAGAUCAGUCUGAGAGAUCAGCUGCUGGUCUUCAUCUGUUCAUUAGAUCAGUCUGAGAGAUCAGCUGCUGUUCUUCAUCUGUUCAUAAGAUCAGUCUGAGAGAUCAGCUGCUGUUAUUCAUCUGUUCAUAAGAUCAGUCUGAGAGAUCAGCUGCUGUUCUUCAUCUGUUCAUUAGAUCAGUCUGAGAGAUCAGCUGCUGUUCUUCAUCUGUUCAUUAGAUCAGUCUGAGAGAUCAGCUGCUGUUCUUCAUCUGUUCAUUAGAUCAGUCUGAGAGAUCAGCUGCUGUUCUUCAUCUGUUCAUAAGAUCAGUCUGAGAGAUCAACUGCUGUUCUUCAUCUGUUCAUUAGAUCAGUCUGAGAGAUCAGCUGCUGUUCUUCAUCUGUUCAUUAGAUCAGUCUGAGAGAUCAGCUGCUGUUAUUCAUCUGUUCAUAAGACCAGUCUGAGAGAUCAGCUGCUGUUCUUCAUCUGUUCAUUAGACCAGUCUGAGAGAUCAGCUGCUGUUCUUCAUCUGUUCAUUAGAUCAGUCUGAGAGAUCAUCUGCUGUUCUUCAUCUGUUCAUUAGAUCAGUCUGAGAGAUCAGCUGCUGUUAUUCAUCUGUUCAUAAGAUCAGUCUGAGAGAUCAGCUGCUGUUAUUCGUCUGUUCAUAAGAUCAGUCUGAGAGAUCAGCUGCUGUUAUUCAUCUGUUCAUAAGAUCAGUCUGAGAGAUCAGCCACUGGAGUGCUGAAGAUCAGGAGCUGCUGUUCUUCAUCAGAUGAUCACAGUGAGAUCAUCACAAUCAGAAUUCAGGAUCAUCAGCUGAUCUUCAGGAUGGUGUUCUUCAUGUGUAACGCCUGUGGAGAGUCGUUGAAGAAAGCUCGAGUGGAGAAACACGUGCUGAUGUGUUGUGGAUGUCGGGUGUUGUCCUGCAUCGACUGCGGGAAAGAUUUCGGGGGCGACGAUUACAAGAACCACAACAAAUGCAUCAGCGAAGAUCAGAAAUAAAUGUAAGCCAAUAAAGGCAACAUGAAGCAGCAGCAGUGGAUUCAGAGGAUCCAGGAGGCCAUGAACAGACCCGGCGUUGAAUCCAGACUGCGUCAGGUUCUGGAUCAGGUCAGCUCGUACGAUAACGUGCCCUGGAAGAGAGCAAAGUUUCAGAAUUGGAUGAAGAACAGUCUGAAGAUACACAACCUCAAUUUAGUGGAGAAGGUAUGGGAGAUUUCUCAUCAGCCACCAACAGCGACAUCAGUCAAAAUAACCAUCCGACACUCAGUGAACGAGACGGAUCCACUGAGAAUCAAACAAACCUCAAUAACGGAGCUGCCGCUGAGCUGAACGAAGAAAACAACUCAAGCAAACGGGAGAAGAAACACAAACAAAAGAGUUCUGAGGAGAUCUCCGAGCAGAACGGAGAAAACACCUGCGAGAAACAAACGAGACAAAAAGAGAAAACGAGAAGAGAACGGAGAAAAGAUGAGCAAAAAAAACAAGAGAUCAGAACAAGAAGAGUCUGACCAAUCAGAGAGUGUUAACCCGGAGGGGGAGGAGUCAGUGGAUCAGGAGGCAGAGUCUGAAUCAAAUUCCAGAGGUUUUAACUGCAUAUUAUUCAUUCAGUGGAGACACAAACUUCAGAUCAGAAGAAGAGCUGCUCUCUCUGUUCAACAAGAAGAUCAGCAACAACACAAAGUUUAAAGUUCUCACUGACAAAAUCAGACUCAUCAAAUAAUGUUUUGUAAUCUUAUUUUGCUGUAAUAAACACCGUGAUCAAACUGUGAUGUGAAUCUGUGUUGAGUUCUAUAGUUCUGAGAAUAGAGCUGUUCAGCUGUGACAUCACUUAAUUCACCUGAUUCACUACGAGUUCCCUCUUGUACUUGAAAUGCAUUUAAUGUUUUCUUCUGGAAAAUAAA